AUGCCACCAAAAUGUAUAGCUAAGAGAAGGUCACCCCCAGAAGAUGCUCUCCCCAAAAGCAAGAAGGUGAAGGACCGUCGUAACCAGGCAGUGAGGGCCGUUGCCUCCCGUCGUGUUCCAGUCUCCCAUAGGUCCCACAGCACAGAACCAGGCAUCGUGCUGACACUGGGCCAGGGCGACGUGGGCCAGCUGGGGCUGGGCGAGAAUGUGAUGGAGAGGAAGAAACCAGCCCUGGUGCCCAUUCCGGAGGACAUCGUGCAAGCUGAGGCUGGGGGCAUGCAUACUGUGUGUCUAAGCAAAAGUGGCCAGGUCUACUCCUUCGGCUGCAACGAUGAAGGAGCCCUGGGACGGGACACAUCAGUGGAGGGCUCCGAGAUGGUCCCCGGGAAAGUGGAACUGCAAGAGAAAGUGGUACAGGUGUCAGCAGGAGAGAGUCACACAGCAGCUCUCACUGAGGAUGGUCGAGUUUUCCUCUGGGGCUCCUUCCGGGACAAUAAUGGUGUGAUUGGACUCUUGGAGCCCAUGAAGAAGAGCAUGGUGCCUCUGCAAGUGCAGCUGACUGUGCCUGUAGUGAAGGUGGCCUCAGGAAAUGACCACUUGGUGAUGCUGACAGGUGAUGGUGACCUCUACACUUUGGGCUGCGGGGAGCAGGGCCAGCUGGGCCGUGUGCCUGAAUUAUUUGCCAACCGUGGUGGCCGUCAGGGCCUUGAACGACUCCUGGUCCCCAAGUGUGUGAUGCUGAAAUCCAGAGGAAGCCGGGGUCAUGUCAGAUUCCAAGAUGCCUUCUGUGGUGCCUACUUCACCUUUGCCAUCUCCUGUGAGGGCCAUGUAUAUGGUUUUGGCCUCUCCAACUAUCAUCAGCUUGGAACCCCAGGGACAGAAUCUUGCUUUGUACCCCAAAACCUGACAUCCUUCAAGAACUCUACCAAGUCCUGGGUGGGCUUCUCUGGUGGCCAGCAUCAUACAGUCUGCAUGGAUUCAGAAGGAAAAGCGUACAGCCUGGGCCGGGCUGAGUAUGGGCGGCUGGGCCUUGGGGAGGGUGCUGAGGAGAAGAGCAUACCCACCCUCAUCUCCAGGCUCCCUGCUGUCUCCUCAGUGGCUUGUGGGGCCUCCGUGGGGUAUGCUGUGACCAAGGAUGGUCGUGUGUUUGCCUGGGGCAUGGGCACCAACUAUCAGCUGGGCACAGGGCAGGAAGACGAUACCUGGAGCCCAGUGGAGAUGACAGGCAAACAGCUGGAGAACCGUGUGGUCUUAUCUGUGUCCAGUGGGGGCCAGCACACAGUCUUCCUAGUCAAGGACAAGGAACAGAGCUGAUGAACCCUCUGCGGGCCUGGCUCCUGGCCCCCCACCCUCUCUCCUGGAACUGAGAAGCUAUGAAAACUACAGAUUCCAGCAAGCCUCCCCCAGCCCCGAGUGCUGUCAUCUCCUGCCUUUUUCCUAUCAGCAGAACAGAAUCCUUUUCCUCUUUUCCAUCCUCCUUUCCUGAAUCAUCCUGCAACCUACAGGAUGAAGGGGAGGUGGGAGGGAAUGGAAGAGGGGAGGGGGUUUCGGCAGCCGGAACAUUGCUCACCCCAGAGCUCUGUGGUUAGACCUUUCUCCCUCAUCCCUACCUCCCAUGGUCCUGGCUGACCCUGGUUUUGCCUGCCAAAAACCAAAAAUUCCUCCCCUCAGGAUUUGGUGCCCACGUUCUGAAAAGUUGGGGAUCUUCAGGCCCUACUGUAGCCAUGUGCCACUCUGUCCUUCACAAUCCACAGGCAUAUAAAUGGUAUGGUGGUCAGACCCAGCUGUCAUGGACCUAUGCCUGGGGGAAACCUGAGAUGGGGCAGGGCUGCCCAGCCAUGGGCAACCCCAAGCCAAAUAUGUGGCCCUCAACAGAUGUUCAUGGGGAAGAAAAAAUGAUCCUCCACUUGAUCAAGAAAAAAGCCAAUCAGCCUUUAUCCCAGAAGCACAAAGCAUUCUGCCCUUCAGGUAUUGCCUGAGUAUCCUGCCCAUCCAACCUGCCUUACCUGCAGCCAAGGGCCUGAAGUCUGGAAAGGAAGCUA